AGUCCUGCCCAUUCCAAAUCCUUCUCUCACACUCUCUGCCACUAAGCACAUGCUCAUGAAUACUGAGCUGUGAGUUCUCUUACUACUAGAAAUCACACAAAACAGAAGUUGGCCAUAUAUGGCAUCGUUUCUUCAACCAAAUACUAGAAAUCUUGAAUAUAACAAAAACUCCACAACUACUCUUGCUAGGUUGUUAGAAAUGGAAAUCAUUAAUCCAAUGCAAAGCAAUAACAGAGGUGGAAACGUUGUUAGAACAAUGGUUCCGGAGGAGAAUGGUGUUUUCUUGACAUGGGAGGAUUUGUGGGUGACGGUUACAAAUGGAAAGGAAGGUAGAAAAUCAAUACUUGAGGGUGUGACUGGUUAUGCACAACCAGGCGAGCUCUUAGCCAUAAUGGGCCCUUCAGGUUGUGGCAAGUCUACCCUCCUUGAUGCAUUAGCAGGGAGAUCAGGUUCAAACACAAGGCAAUCAGGGGAAAUUCUUAUCAAUGGCCUUAAACAGAAACUGGGUUUUGGAACAUCGGCCUAUGUAACACAAGAUGAUACUUUGAUGACGACUUUAACUGUAAGAGAAGCCAUGUAUUACUCGGCUCAACUCCAAUUGCCAGACUCCAUGUCAAAGUCAGAGAAGAAGGAGAUUGCAGACAUAACAAUAAAAGAAAUGGGCUUAGAAGAUGCCAUGGACACAAGAAUUGGUGGGUCGGGAGCCAAAGGCAUUAGUAGUGGGCAAAAGAGAAGAGUAAGCAUUUGCAUAGAGAUCCUGACACGCCCCAAGCUUCUUUUCCUUGACGAACCAACAAGUGGACUUGAUAGUGCAGCAUCAUAUUAUGUCAUGAGCAGAAUUGCUAGCCUGCAUAAAAGUGAUGGAAUUACAAGGACUAUAAUUGCAUCCAUCCAUCAGCCCAGCAAUGAGGUCUUCCAAGUCUUUCACAAUCUUUGCCUUUUGUCAUCUGGGAGAACAGUCUACUUUGGUCCUUCUUACACAGCAACUGAGUUUUUCAUUACAAAUGGUUUUCCCUGCCCGACUCUCCAAAAUCCAUCUGAUCACUUCCUUAAAACUAUAAACAAAGAUUUUGGAAAGGAUCUUGAGCAAGGUUUAGAUGGAGGGAUUCCAACAGAGGAAGCAAUUAAUUCUCUUACAAGGUCAUAUAAAUCUUCUGAAAUUUACCAACAAGUUCAAAGACAAGUAUCGGAAAUAUGUAAACGGGACUAUGGAGCAUUAGAGAAGAAGAGAAACCAUGCUGGGUUUGUUAUUCAAUGUCUUGUUCUUACAAGAAGGUCUUCUGUGAACAUGUAUCGUGAUAUAGGCUAUUACUGGUUACGCCUAGCUAUUUAUGUUGCAUUAGCUAUAGGCCUAGCCACAGUAUUUUAUGAUGUUGGCUCUAGUUAUGGAUCAAUCGAGGUGAGAGGUUCACUGAUCAUGUUUAUAACUUCAUUCUUAACUUUCAUGACCAUUGGUGGAUUCCCUUCUUUCUUGGAGGACAUGAAGGUAUUUGAUCGAGAAAGAUUAAAUGGACAUUAUGGCACUAGUGCAUUCAUCAUAAGCAACUCAUUUUCUGCUGUUCCAUACCUGUUAUUGAUUUCACUGAUUCCCGGGGCAAUAGCUUAUUACCCUACAGGACUUCAAAAAGGAGCUGAACACUUUCUAUUCUUUGCUUCCAUAUUAUUUGCUUGCAUGAUGUUAGUUGAGAGCCUAAUGAUGAUUGUUGCAAUCAUAGUACCUAAUCUUUUAAUGGGUAUAAUAACUGGUGCUGGAAUUCAAGGACUCAUGAUGUUAGGUGGUGGAAUCUUUCGAUACCCGAAUGAUCUUCUCAAACCAUUUUGGAGAUACCCAUUAUACUACAUAGGUUUCCACAAGUAUGCAUACCAAGGAUUGUUCAAGAACGAGUUUGAAAAGCUAACAUUUCCUGUAGAUGAAGCUGCAGGACCAACCUACAUUAGUGGUAAAGAGAUUUUGAGAUAUAAAUUGCAAAUGGAAAUGGGUUACUCUAAGUGGGUUGAUCUUGCCAUAUUGCUAGGAAUGGUUGUUUUGUAUAGACUUCUGUUCUUGGGUUUCAUCAAGACUAUGGAAAAGAUAAAGCCUAUUGUUACAACUUUCAUGUCAGCUCCUCCUAAACAAACAACACAAGUCAUGGUGAAUCCCUCUUCUACACCUUUACAUGGAGAGACUCUGUAGCAGAACAUUGAUGUUAUUGGUUAUAUUUUAGAAAAUAGUGAUGGGUAAAGGACGAGUAACUUUUACUAUGUUUAUUAAUUAAAGGAAGGGAACUACUGGUUUUUUUUUUUUUUUUUCAAUUGAAGUAUUUGAAACGAAUCAUGGAAGUGAAAGUUAUCUGCUGGCAUGUGAUUACAGUGCGUUUUGAUAUUUGAUUCAAUAAGCUCAGUAACUUGUAAGAUGUGCUUA